AACAUAUCCAUGGGUAACUGUUCCGUUAUUGGUUUAAUUGAUUAGGGAGGUGAGGGAUUUGUUAAUUAAUCAGGCAAUGAGCACAUUUUCAUUUUGGAGUACAUUUGAUAAUUGACAGAAUGGGGUUCUGGCACUGGGUUGCCAGGUUAUGGUGGUUCCUUUGAUAUUAGCAGGUAGGAAUGACUGAGCCACAACUCUUAAAUGUCAAAUUGUCAAUAUUCUUUGCUUCUCAUGCUGCAUUCUCAUUGUGUGGGCAAACAUUGGUUGAUUACAGAUCUCUAAUUGGGAUGGCUGCAUUGCAUUUUGAUAACUACCUGAAAAUUCAUGCUUUCCUAUGUAGAUUAGAAUGCCUAGUUGCCAACUCAUUUGCAGUUAUUAGUUUUGUUUUGAUUCCAUCUGUGGUUCUUGGAUCUUCACACGAAUUUAACUAGUGUUUUUUGCAUUUUAUUAACCAACUAGUAGUUUAAUCAUCUUGACCUAUCUUGAGUAUUGUUGUCUGUAUGUGUUCACUCCCUUUCUUAUGGCAAAAUUUCUUUAUUUCUGUUUUGAGAGAAGCAGCUGCAGUUGUAAUUAAUAGUCAUGGCCAGUUUGUAUAGGAAACUUAAUCAGUUGGUAAGUACGCAAUUCAACCCUAUAGAGAGGUAUCACUUUGUCAUUACCUUCUCAGAUGUUGCCUGUUGAGAUGUGUUACAGGUUUCUUUUUCUUACCUUUCAAGAACGUACUCCCCGAUUGACAGGACCAGAUGAUGAGCAGAUAUUUUCCAAAAGGACAGCAAUCUCAACUUCAUCCCUGUCUCGGCAUGGUUUGACCAAUUUUUAGGCCUUCUAGUAUGGACCUUUCUUGCUUCAUUUUCUGUUUGCUAAGAGUACUUGUGUUGUGCUGAAAGGCAAUCGGGGUGUUUCAGAUGCCAGUGAUUGAUUUGUGAUUUACAGUUGCAUGAUUCCUUCAAACUGGAACUGGACACUAUGAUGCAAGGGGAAACUAGAAACGGAAGUGAGAAUGUUCACACUUCAUGGUAGAUUCAUUAGCAUGUCAAAGAUUCAGUAACUGAGACUGAUCUCUGAAACCCAGAUCAGUUUUUGUAUCAAGGCUUCAAUCUAAGCUGUCUUUGACUUGUAGAUGGGAUCUAGAUUGUAGU